AGAACGCAGGAGAAUUGAAAUUUGCUUUCCGCGUACGCCCCGUCCUUUUUCACAGCCGCAGAAAUUCGGACUAGUGGCCGUUGGAAUACCUUGAGAGGAAUCCUCCAGGCACUUGAACUGCACAACUGCAGUCUCCCAGAAUUUCAUGAGAAUGGCUGUACAAGUCGAGUCCUUGUGCAAAUCUUUUGCACUGGAAAACGACCCGGAUGCGUCGUACUUUCUGAUUCAUUCAGAAAAAGAUGAGCAUGGAAAUGAAGGCUACAGCUCUCCUGUCCCAUCUCAUGACAUUUGGAAAAAGUUUGAACUACUACCGACACCACCUCGUUCUCCGUCUCGAUCACCUCCACAUACGCCAGUCAGUUUUCAUUCAUACGAAGAUGAUUACUGCUCGGUUGCUGACACUCUGCAGAUAGUGUCAGAUAUUUUAGACGAGGACAGUUGUUCACCUGCACCCUCGGCGACCGUUGAAAUUUCUCUUAAUAGUCUGAAGUCCAAACUCAUUCAGGACUGCAUGUGGAACGGCUCCAACUAUGAGAGUGCGUUAGAUGUUAAAGUCCUCGCCGCUUCUUUGAAUACGGACGACCUUCCUUUCGAGACUCCGUGUGCUACUCCUCCGCCAGUGGAAUAUGUAAGCUCUGAUUGUGUUGAUCCUUCAACGGUAUUUCCCUAUCCUAUAAACGAAUCACAUCAAAACUUGUGUGGAUCCCACAAUUCGAGCGAUUCAGAAGAGGAAAUAGACGUAGUGACCAUCGAGAAACCAAAGCGAAAGCGGCUUCCACAAGUUACAGAUGAACCGCCGGCAAAACGCAUUAAACCUGUUGCGAUGAAACCUAAAGCGGUAGUCCCUGCUUCAAGCCCUUCCAAAGAGAAUAAAAAAGAUUUUAAACGGCAGAACAGUUCAACCUCGGACGAAGAAGGUGAUCUCAGUAAGAGAGCAACCCACAAUGUUCUCGAGCGGAAGCGAAGGAAUGAUCUCAAGACAAGCUUUCACAUUCUCAGGGAAGAGGUUCCUGAUAUAAAAGACAAUGAAAGAGCUCCAAAAGUUACGAUCUUGAGGAAAGCAAAAGACUAUGUCGAUAAACUAAAAAAGGACGAAAUGCGAUUGCAGGCAGAACUUGCGAAAGAACGACGGAAAAACGAGGAUCUUUUGGACCGGUUCUAUGCUCUUGGGCAGAAACGAAAAUAACUUUUUGUUUACUCAUCGCUAUUUUCAUUCGUCUUUUACCAAAUAUCAUUACGUAGAAAAAGAUUGUAUAUAAGUUAUAGAUAUAUAUUAAUAUGAAAGGAAAAUGUUUUUGCAAGUAUACUCGCUGUGUAGAAAUUUCAGUUAGCUUCCGAUCGAAUUUUAUACCUGUAGGUUUUCUAUCGUGUAGAAACAAAUCUUUCGCAUAGAAGGUGCCAAAUAUUUUCGUUGUCUCAAUGCCGAAUUUCGUCUGAUUAUCAAAUCAUCAGGGAAAGAGGAAAUAUUCCUCCCCUAAAGUAACAGUUUUCUAAGCGAUCAUAGUUUUGCGGUCUUAAAAUACUAUUUUUGAUGCAGUAUUUUUGAAUGAAUGGAUAUAUAUUUGCAUAUAUAUUGCGUAAACGCGGGAAAAAAAUCCGAUAGAUUUCCAUAAAUUAACGUCAUGAUCAGCUUGGAUUUCGUUUCAAGGUCCUUUGGGACAUAAGUUUUGCUUGAUCAGGGUUACAAAAAGAAUGUUAGCUAAGUUUAGCAUUUUCAAACAAAAUUCUCGAUACCCAUUUUUACUGUGUAAAACACUGGUUAGCCGCUUUCGGCUUUGGUGAAAUUUGGAGAGUAGAAAACUCUGUCGAAAGUAUCGUAUGAUUUAGUUGUAGCGUUUACAUAGGGUAUCUACAAUAGUGUUUAUGAGUAGAAAAAACCCUUUUGCAAUGAACAUUUCUCACCAUUAGGGCUUAGAUGUCUUGUUUAAAUGGUUGAGGUGUGAUUUUAUUACGUAAAUUUCUUUGGUUGUAUUAUUAUACUGUGAUGUAGAGAGAGUUGAGGUGUCGAUCGUUUAAGGAACUAGUUCGGUAAACUUUGCUUUGCCAGCCAACAGUUAUUAAAUAUCAAAUGUUCAGGAUUGACUUAAAACCUGCUUUGUAAACUUGCGUAAGUUCCAGGUACGUUGUUAGCGUCAUUUUUGAGGUAGUGAAUGACUAAUUGUCGUUUUCUCGUAAAUAUUCCUUUGUGCGCUUGGUUGAAGUCAUACCGACUUGAGUUUGUAAUUAGAUUUCUUUAUUCGAAAAGUCGAUUACACUUCCUCUCUUACAGGAACCGCGUCUAUACUUAGGUUUAUUUUAUGAUAAUACUGUAACAGAACACCGCUACCACAGUUGAGGCAUUCUGUAUCUGUAAAUGCCGCAUCAACAUUUGUCAAGAGGGUGAUUUUAUUCUGAUCUUGCAUAUUUUUGGAACAGUGAGUACGAUUUUAGCAUUUUGUCGAACAAAUUUUGUGAAGCAGACAAGUAAACUGCUUUGUUAUUUGUUUA